GGAAAGAUCUCGCCUGAAUCCAUCAGGACCAUGUGAAGCAGCUUCUGUACAACGUGUGAUCUUUAUCUUUGGAUUACCAGAUUUGUAGUUGGGUGGAUUACAUCAAGGCCGAAGGAUUCGUGUUUGGGUACCAACUUCUUUCACAAUGUAUGGUCUAAUGCUUAGUCUAAGAAUGAUCCCUCAAAUUGUCACUUUGAUUUUGGGAGUUACCCUUGUCAGUUGCCAACAAGCACAAUACACCACCGUCACCACUAACUAUGGGAAACUGCGUGGAUUGAGGGUGGCAUUGCCUAGUGAGAUCUUGAGCCCCGUGGAGCAAUAUCUGGGCGUACCUUAUGCUAUGCCCCCUACUGGAGAGCGGAGGUUUCAGGCGCCUGAGACGCCCUCGUCCUGGCCUGGCAUCAAGAAUGCGACCCAGUUUGCACCCGUGUGUCCACAGUAUCUGGAGGACAGACUUCUGCUCACCGACAUGCUGCCAGUCUGGUUCACUGCCAAUCUGGACACAGUGGCCAUGUAUGUGCAUGACCAGAGUGAAGACUGUCUGUACCUCAAUAUUUAUGUGCCAACAGAGGAAGAUUCACAUGCCGACACUGGAUUAAAGCCAGUCAUGGUUUACAUUCACGGCGGGUCAUACAUCGAGGGCACCGGUAACAUGAUUGAUGGCAGUAUUCUAGCCAGCUACGGCAAUGUCAUCGUCGUCACAGUCAACUACAGGUUAGGAGUUUUAGGGUUCCUCAGUACGGGUGACCAAGCUGCAAAAGGGAAUUACGGUCUUCUGGAUCAGAUCCAGGCUCUCCGAUGGGUCAAAGAGAACAUUCAGUCAUUCAAUGGAGAUCCACAGAGAGUGACUAUAUUUGGUUCUGGAGCAGGAGCUUCCUGUGUCAGUUUACUCACUCUCUCACACUAUUCUGAAGACCUGUUUCAGAAAGCGAUCAUUCAGAGCGGGACAGCUCUUUCCAGCUGGGCAGUCAACUACCAGCCCGUCAAAUACACCCGCAUGCUCGCCGAGAAGGUGGGCUGCAAUGAAGAUGACACGGUUGAGUUGGUGGAGUGCCUCCAGAACAAGAACUACAAAGAGCUCAUCGAGCAGAAUAUCACCCCCGCCAAAUACCACAUCGCCUUUGGCCCUGUGAUCGAUGGAGAUGUCAUUCCAGAUGACCCUCAGAUCCUCAUGGAACAAGGAGAGUUCCUCAACUAUGACAUCAUGCUGGGUGUGAAUCAGGGCGAGGGGUACAAGUUUGUGGACGGGAUCUUAGACAGUGAGGAUAGAUUAACUAGCAGCGACUUUGAGUUCGCAGUAUCAGAAUUUGUCGAUCACCUGUACGGUUAUCCAGAAGGAAAGGACACGCUGCGAGAAACCAUAAAGUUCAUGUACACGGACUGGGCAGACAGGGAGAAUCCUGAGAUACGGCGGAAAACGCUGGUUGCACUUUUUACAGAUCACCAGUGGGUGGCGCCGGCCGUGGCUACGGCAGACCUGCACGCACAGUAUGGAUCGCCAACAUACUUUUACGCAUUUUAUCAUCAUUGCCAGAGUGAGAUGAAGCCCGCCUGGGCCGACUCGGCACAUGGAGAUGAACUUCCAUAUGUUUUUGGAAUUCCGAUGAUUGGUCCCACGGAUCUCUUCAACUGUAAUUUUUCCAAGAAUGAUAUUAUGUUGAGUGCGGUGGUCAUGACUUACUGGACUAACUUUGCCAAAACUGGAGACCCAAAUCAGCCAGUUCCCCAAGAUACAAAAUUCAUCCAUACUAAACCAAAUCGCUUUGAGGAGGUGGCCUGGUCUAAAUACAACCCUAAAGACCAGCUCUACCUGCACAUCGGCCUGAAGCCUCGUGUUCGCGACCACUACAGAGCCACCAAGAUUGCUUUCUGGUUGGAGCUCGUGCCACACUUACACAACAUCAAUGAACUCUUCCAGUAUGUUUCAACAACAACCAAAAUUCCACCGCAGGACACGACGCCGUUCUCAUACACCAAGCGUUUGUCCAACAAACUCUGGCCUUCCACCACGCGCCAUCCGGCCAUUCCGCCAGCCAACACCAAACAGAUGUCAGACCAGCAGAAGACCGAGUACGGUGAUGGGACUGUUAUCAUCGAGGCGAGAGAUUACUCGACCGAGUUGAGUGUCACGAUUGCCGUUGGCGCCUCUCUGCUCUUCUUGAACAUCCUGGCAUUCGCCGCACUCUACUACAAGAAAGACAAACACCGCUUGGAGUCCAGUCGGCGACUGAGUCCUCCAAGAAACCUUGUUAAUGACGUUCCUCGUGUCCCAAGCGAGGAACUGAUGUCCCUACAGAUGAAACAGCUCGACCACGAUCUCGACCAUGAUUGCGAUUCGCUGCAAGGCCAUGACAUGAUUCGCCUAACCUGUCCUCCUGAUUACGCGCUUACAUUGCGACGUUCACCUGACGAUAUCCCGCUCAUGACGCCGAACACCAUCACUAUGAUUCCAAGUUCUUUUGGUGGCAUUCAAACAUCGUAUCACCCCUUUAACGCAUUCGGUAACAGCACCCCGAGUAGCACGGGCCUCCCGCACGGACACUCUACGACGCGAGUAUAACUCCAAUUACUUCGCUCUGCAAGUGAAAGACAAUUUAGAUGAAAAAGAGCGCACCCAGGUGCUUGAAUACAAACAGCGAGGGUGUUAUUUUGUUACGGACUCUUUUAUGAAUCAAGUAACAUUACACUUAUUAACCUGUAUAAUGUGAACAGUGAAUGUAAUAACUAUUCGCAACUCAGCUGUAACAUGGUACAGCAACUAAAGCUCAAAUGAAACAAGCGUCAGGCAUAAAGAGCCCUUAAACAUUAAUGAAGAAAUGAAGUAAUAUUAUUUGCAUCCUGAUUUCCUGAUUUAACGUGUGAGACAAUUUGGUACAACAGUCAUUUGCAAAACAAUGUGCAGCAUAAAACCUGUAUUUUAUUUAGUAAUAUAUCGGAAAACUGAAAAUUGUGGACACACUAUAAAAGAUUCAGGUGUCAUCUAUGAGUAGAGUUCACAUGAGAUCAGUAUAAGAUGCUGUUUUAACCUCUCAAUGAUGAUUCAAAGUAAUAUUUGUGAAGUAGAUAAUGUGUAAUUUGUCAUGUUUACAUUUUGCAUUUGUUACAUCCCAUCUAGGGGUAAGGACGCAACAUAAACGAGACGACACAAGCAGGAUUAACCAAAACUCCCAAAUUUAUUGUGUGAGACAUUUCUUUUUUCUUUGUUUGAGCGAAACAAUGACUUCAGAAAUGAGUGUGGCCAAAAUAACAAACAAAAGGUGAUUCGAACGCCCCAGUUGAAAACUAACUUCCCUAAUCAAAAAAGAAACCAAAUAAAAUACACAAUUCUUCCCUACCUCCCUAACUGUUCCAGAAACAAGAAAAAACUCAACACACAUUAAAAGAAACAGGCCCCCAUUUCCUACGGCUUCCUCUUUAAGAUCAAUCACAUAGUAGCUUUGGAUGAAACAAUCACUCACAAAUUAGACAUUGGCUUUCACUACCACAUGCUAACAAGGAAGAAAAACACUACAGAGUACAAAAGGCCACCACGGCCUUGGGAGCCAUUUCCGUCUGAUCAACACCAUCCCCUUAAGUAGGCAGACCUCUCCACAUACACCAUUCCCCAGGACUAGCUGAUUUUCACCACCGUCCAAUCCUGUGAGGGAGGUAUAGAGAGAGAGAGACAAAACAAAAACAACACACAUAAUACGAGCGCCACCUGCUGCACAAUACGUCAAAAGACGCAACACAUUCAUGCCGCAAAUAUGCUAACACACUAUACGUGGCCAUAAUAUUCACCGGUUACACUCUGUUAUUUUAAUUUAUUACGACACUGAUACUACUACAUAGAUGAGUGUAUAAAUGAGUGUUAAUGGGCAGAAUACAGACAAAAGAAUGAUGAUAGACAUAUCUCACUUUGGGCAGAUGUGCGAAUGGCUUUCAGCUGCAGACGGCACAUGAAUGCCAAGAACGGUGCACUUGUGUGUCUCCUUUAAUUGAACUCCGACCGUGAACCACUCCCACAGCAGCUCCUGAAGAGUACGUGAAGAUGAAACACUUAUCUUAUAAAGCACUGUGAUGCUCGUGCAGCCUGUGGAGGUUCGCGCACCAAACUUCAGCGAAAAUAUAAGCUACGGUUUCACUUUAAUUUAACACUCGUUUAAUGUCAAAUGUUCUUAUCAUCGGGGUUGAUACACGCAGUGUAAAUUGCAUGCAGGAGGAUAUGCACGCUUUAUUUCUGUAGAAUUGAUGGAAUGAAGAAACCUAUUUUAAAAUACAUGGAGAAUCUCAAAGGUCUUUCUUCAUGCAAACUAAGGGCACGUGGGUUUAAUUGGAGAGCCUUAAAUAUACAUUUAGGAUAUAAAUGUUUUACUGUUGCAUAGAGACAGAUAUUUAAUAGUUAAAAUAUGAUUUUUCAUGCCAUUCAUACAUUUUUAAAGCCUUAAAAAAAAUCAUAUAACCCUAUUUUAUGAUUCCAAGUUAAAUAUGAAUUAAUAAAUAUACACCUUAAGAAGUAGCCUAUGACCAUUAAUCGUGGAAGCCUAAAACAGACAAUUAAUCGUCAUAAUCGCAAAUAUUUCACACAUAAUCGUCAGCCAAAUUUCAUAAUAGUGACAGCCCUAGGGCCCUGUUUUAAGAGCAUAAGUGUUAAGCACAGUGCAAAGUCAGUGGGCAUGGCCAUGAAGUUUUGGUAUUUUUGUGCAAGCAUGCGCUAAGUCUAGGCGCAAGUGAAACACACAAAAAGGCUGGACCAAGUGCAAUUUAAUUCUGAGGUUCUUCUCCGGUUAUUCCAGCAUCUGCAUCCUAUCAUAUAGUCCAUUGAGGGCAAGCACCAACGAUUUAAACUAAGACAUUCAUGAGAAGUUUGUAGUGUAAAUGGACUGUAUGCAAUGAAUUAGAAGGACUUCUGUUCUUUUGUGCAUUAACUGCAUCCUUGAUGAACGUCAGGUAUAUUUCUAUGACAGUUAUGCUCCUUUUAUACGCAUAGAAAAUGUGAUUAUCGUCAGAAUUUGGAUGUAUGCUCCGUUAAAUUAAAUAAUAAUUAUUUAUAACUUUCAUCUACUGACACACAAAUCAUGACUAGUAUUAACAGUGAUUGUAUCUGAAUGCACUUCACUUCUACCGGUCGAUUUUGGCCAUUUAAAUUCAUUUAUUGAAACAUGAAAAAAUUAAACCAUAAAUAUUUCUAAAUUCAAAUUACACAUCAAACGAAAUGAAAAUAUAAUAAAAAUAACUAAGAGGUCAAAAAAAUCAUACCAAAUCCAAACAUUUUACUCUCUCCACCUUCUUCCACCGGCCUCUUUUGCAGUGACUUAAAAAAUCACUCAACGACAACAGGUGGAAAAAUACCAACACAAAUGAGAUAAUAAAUGCAAAUGUACGUUUAAGUUGGACUUGAACUUUAUUGUCACCUGCUGGUGGAAUCUCCAAACUGCAAAUGCAGGAAUGGUCGUAGCGCUUCGGUUUGUGCACUUACAAAAAUAGAGCCCCUAAUCAUACAGAUGUAGGUGAGUUUGCACCAGCUUGCUAAUAACUUUGCACGCCAGUGUUUUCAUGUGGACUGAUCUUAACUGAAUGGACGAGAAUUAGUUGUCGGCCUCAAAGUAGGUGGAGCUCCAGGUCACACUUACUCAAGAUGUGGACCAAUGGCAGUAAGAAAGUGUUUAGCAGCCUGUACAAAGUUUUCCAGAAAGUUUGCGCUGGUGAGCUGUUACGAACCACUGAAACAAACUCAAAAACACCUUUGUUUUGGCCAGAUCACACACGUUCGUUCUUCAAUUUCACAUGAAGUAUUCUGAGGCCUUUAGUGUAUUCCCCCUUAAGAGUUCUAGAGUGAGUUAUAUUAGUAUCGUGCAGCAGUGCUAACCAGCAAUAAAACCAAUAGCAUUGAUCACUGUGGUGAAUUAAAGGGGUUAUCAGUUUGUCCUGAUUGUCCUCUUUUUGUAUAAGUGCCAUAGAUACACUUGCAAUGAGUGCGUCAAACAUUGUGCCAAGUUCUUGAAUAUUUUGUUAUUUCAAGAAAUAAUAAGAGCUUGAACUCGAAUGAGGAGCCACAAGCGUAUACAUCUUACAUUUUAAACAAGAGAUCGGGAUGCAAUUUAAAAAUAUUUGUGCCAUACAUUUGAGAAGGUUUACUCUUCAAUUUGAAAGAGUUAGUUCACUCAAUGAUGAAAAUUCUGUCAUUAUUUACUCAUUCUCAUGGUGUUUAAAACCCGCAUGUUGUUAUUUUUUCAGUGGAACACAAAAAGAGAUUUUUUUGAUGAAUCUUUAACCCUUUAAAACUCAGAUGGGAGAAAAAAAUGUUACUAACUACAGUCUUGACCAACACAAAACAGGUAUCGUUUGAAAGCUUAGAAGCUCUAUUUUCCAAUGCAUGUAGACAUUAUGAACAAAACUGAACAAAUGCUUUGAAAUUUGCAGACAAAUCAGAAAUGUUCUGUUUUGGUAUUUGUUAAAAACAAAAGUGCACUGUACAUAUUAUUGCAAUCAGUAAAAACAUCAAACUGAUCAAAUAGUCAUGUGUCAUAUGUUGUUGGAAAUCUCUCAAAGAGUAGAAUACAACCACUCACAGACAAAAAUAUAGUGAGAAAUAGAUAAGUGUAUGUCUUUGACAAUUAUGUUGGUGUUGCUUAUAUGCCGCAGUUUUUCUUAUAACUUCACGAAAAGUAAACCGAGCAUAAAAUAUCACAUACCAUUACUUAGAGGAGGUGAUUAUCUUUCAAACGAGUCCACACACAAGAUAAUCAGAUGCAUAGAUCAUUAGAUAAUCCACAUGAAGCACAAUGUUACAUAUGACCACCAGGAGAUGGCGCCAAAUACAUGACACAGACUCAAUGAUGACUCAGAUGACACAGAAUGAAACUCAUUCUGUGAAAUCUCAUUACUAAUAUCAUGUCAGCAUGCUAUGCAAACCUUUAGUCAUUGUUAUGUUUGCAUGUGUAAUUAGUUCUUAUGUACAAUUAUUAUGUUUUAUUUGUUUGGAGAUGUUUUUGGACACUAUGAUAAAUUAUUUUUGUAAUGCUAUAACUUUUGAUUGCUUUGUUGUAUCAACACAAAAUCUUUCUCAGAUACAGGUGACAUGAUUGGGAACAAAACCAGUUUUUAGGAGCCACCUUAUUUACACCCAGAGAUAUAUAAUGUCAAAUCAGAAAAAUAAGGCGGGAAAAAAAAAGUACAUUUUUGGAAAUUAGACUUGAGAGUCUCAGAAUUUAUCAAUUUAUAUGAUUAAAAAUAUUACAAUAUUUUCUUUACAAUGAUAUCAAACACUUGACACUUGUGUUUUUUUGUUUGUUUUUUUUGUCGAGUUA